AUGUCAAUUAUAAAUUAAGAGCUUUUAUAAAAAGUAAUUCAGCUAAUAAAUAGUUAACCUUAUCUUUAUUAAUAAUUGAAUACAUUAGAGUUAGAUAAGGGAAUAGAUCUUAUAGAUAUUUAUUCUGUUUACGGAGAUGUAGAUUAAAAUAUAUAUGAAGAACCAGGCGAAAUUUAGUUUAAUUUUGAAAUUGAAUAAGAGUAACCCUUUGAAGAAGUUAAGGAAACCAUUCCAUAAUCGAAUUUAAAAAAAUAAUUAAUCACAUUGGAUUACAUAAGAAAUUAUGAUAAAUGUGAUCCAAUCUAUAGAAUCAUAGCGGAAACUUAAGGCGAACUUGAGGUAUUUUUAGAUAGGAAUCAAGAAAUAUAUCGAUCUUUUAAAAUUUGGAAUGAUUAAUUAAAUUAUGGAGAACUCUAUUCCAAAGACCCAAAAUAUAUAGAAAAGAUUAAAUUUACUUUGAUUCUUGUAAUCAUCAAUAUUUAACUAUUAGUUAUCAGAAUGGUUGAUUGCUGUAUCUUAUAAGUCACAAGUAAAAAAGAGAAUCUUAAUAUAAACUUAAACUUAACCAAGAAUUUAAUAUAAAGCAAAUAUAUUUUUGGAAUAUAUUUAUGAAACCAAAAAAUUUAGUGAAACAAAAAAACUAAUGAAGUGA